CCCGCCCCACAGCUGGGACCGGACAGUCUUUCCACAGAUGUGGCGCCACCGGAGCCCCGAGUCAACCGGAGCUGGAGGGGUCCACCAGAGUCUUAGACUCCGGCGUUCCGACUCGCCGCACCGCGCCCUGAGACCCCGAAGUCCAGGCUAGAGGACCCCUGAUAGCCAGGUGCCAGCGCCCCCUCCCGGAGAGCUGGGAGUCCCGGGCUUCAGCCCCGCGCGACCCCGCAGGCCCAGCCUUCUGCACCCGGGUUAGAGGAACUCAGGAUCCCAGACUGGAGCUACUUCUCCAAGGGUUCCUCGAAAUUCGAAUCCAAGACUCCCGGGAUUGGCGGACCUGAGAGAUGGAUUCGUAGUGCCCCAACCAUUCAGGGGGCGAAGCGGCCACCACCGCCAGGGGACCCAGAAAUUUGGGACGCCCGGUUUAUCCCCCGCCCCUGGAGUUAGAGAAACUCAGGCAUCCGGAGCGCCCGGACCCUAGCUAGGAGACUCAGGAAUUUGGGUUCCUGGCGAACCCACCCCCCGGGGCUUCAGUCAAGGCUCCCAGCAUUUUCCUCUUAGAGGAUCAAGAAAUUCGGGCCGCUGCACCCCCUUCUUCAAGGGACCCCGGUUCCGCUUCCCGGAGCGCGAAGUUCACACCCCUGACUUGCAGAGACCGGGGAGUCCCGCUCCGCGCCUCCCGGGGGACGCGUUAGGGGCGAAGUGCCUCCGGGCGGCCCCGCUCUGGGGCUGGCGACUCCCUGGGAGACCGCUGCCUGCCACCCAGCCAUGCCCGAGGGCGCCCGCGGACUGAGCCUGUACAAACUCAGCCCUGGGCGUGGCCGCAAAGGUCCAGCGUGUGACUGCCCCACCGUGGGUGCCACUCGGACAGCGGCCCCUGCCACAGCUGCCAUGGCCUCCCCCCGAGGUUCUGGGAGCUCCACCUCCUUGAGCACUGUGGGCUCAGAGGGAGACCCAGCCCCCGCACCCACCCCAACCUGCUCAGCCUCCAGACCAGAGCCUCUGCCCGGACCCCCCAUCCGCCUGCAUCUGUCGCCCAUGGGAUCCCAGGGCUCAGCGAAACCCUCACGGCUGGAGCGAGUGGCCCGGGAGAUUGUGGAGACGGAGCGGGCCUACGUCCGGGACCUGCGUAGCAUCGUGGAGGACUACCUGGGUCCUUUGCUGGAUGGUGGGGUCCUGGGGCUGAGCACGGAGCAGGUGGGCACGCUCUUUGCCAACAUCGAAGACAUCUACCAGUUCAGCAGUGAACUCCUGGAGGACCUGGAGGGCAGCAGCGGUGCUGGGGGCAUUGCCGAGUGCUUCGUGCAGAGGAGUGAGGAGUUUGACAUCUACACGUUGUACUGCAUGAACUACCCGAGCUCCCUGGCCCUGCUCCGAGAACUGUCGCUGUCCCCGUCAGCAGCCCUGUGGCUGCAGGAUCGCCAGACCCAGCUCCAGCACUCGCUGCCUCUGCAGAGCUUCCUGCUGAAACCUGUGCAGCGUAUCCUCAAGUACCACCUGUUGCUGCAGGAGUUGGGCAAACACUGGGCAGAGGGCCCAGGUGCGGGGGGCCGCGAGAUGGUGGAGGAGGCCAUCGUGUCCAUGACCGCGGUGGCCUGGUACAUCAAUGACAUGAAGCGCAAGCAGGAGCAUGCGGCACGCCUCCAGGAAGUGCAGCGGCGGCUCUGUGGCUGGACCGGUCCGGAGCUCAGUGCUUUCGGGGAGCUGGUGCUGGAGGGAGCGUUCCGAGGGGGCGGAGGGGGCGGCCCCCGACUUCGAGGCGGUGAGAGGCUACUCUUCCUCUUCUCCCGGAUGCUGCUGGUGGCCAAGCGCCGCGGACCAGAAUACACCUACAAGGGCCACAUCUUUUGCUGCAAUCUCAGUGUGAGUGAGAGCCCGCGUGACCCCCUGGCCUUCAAGGUGUCUGAUCUGACCAUUCCCAAACACAGACACCUGUUUCAGGCUAAGAACCAAGAGGAGAAGAGGCUUUGGAUCCACUGUCUGCAGCGCCUCUUCUUUGAGAACCACCCUGCGUCCAUCCCUGCCAAGGCGAAACAAGUUCUUCUUGAAAACAGCCUGCACUGUGCUCCUAAGAGUAAGCCCCUCCCGGAGCCCCUGACACCCCCACUUGGGUCUCCCCGACCUCGAGAUGCUAGAAGCUUCACUCCUGGACGAAGGAACACAGCUCCGUCACCGGGACCCUCUUCCAUCCGCCGUGGCCGCAGACAAUCUGAACCAGUAAAAGACCCUUUUGUCAUUUUUCCUCUGAACACCAAGCAGAGACUUAAGCAUGCUGGCAGUGAUGGGGAGCUGUACCCACCGCUGAGUCCUCAGCCAGCAGCUUCAGCUUCCGGCCCCUCCGAAGACCUGGAAGACACGGGCCCCCCCUCUCUCGACCCCUCUGGAACAUCCAUCACGGAAGAAAUCCUUGAGCUGCUAAACCAGCGAGGCCUCCGGGAUCCGGGGAGUCCCCGGCCGUCAUCUCCCCACGACCUACCCAAGUUGCUCGGAGACCCCCCAGCACCCGGCACAGGCGGUGCCCUCCCAUUCCAAGGCCUGCACGACCGAGACUCUUCAGAGGAGGAGGAGGAGGAGGAGGAAGAACUGGACGAGCGGGAGCCUUCCCCGCUCCACGUCCUGGAGGGGCUGGACAGUCCAGGUGCCGCUGAAGUGCCUGACAUUCCCAGCCUCCCCGACAUUCCUGGCCUGGCUGAGAUUCCCCAAAUGCCCCGCCUUGCAGCUGACAUUCCCGAACUUUCCAGCAUUCCCGCCCUGCCCCGAGAUUCCUGGCUCCAGGACCCUCUGCAGGAGCCCGGGGAGGCACUAGCCAGCAGGGGAGACCCGCUCCCUGAAAGUGGCUCCGGAAAACGGGCCGAGCCUUCCUCGGGAGAUGGGGCCAGGCGGGAGAAAGGCGAAGAAGGGGUGUCCUUCCCCGCGUUCGAGCUCCAGGAUGGCGCCCGCGAAGAGGGAUUCCCGGAGGAGCUGGAGUUCCGUUCCUGCUCGGAAAUCCGGAGCGCCUGGCAGGCGCUGGAGCAGGGGCAGCUGGCCAGGCCUGGCUUCCCGGAGCCGCUGCUGAUCCUGGAAGAUUCGGAUCUGGGGGGCAGUGGUGGGAGCGGGAAGGGGGGUGCCCCGAGCGCGGAGCGGACCGCAUCCCGCGUCCGGGAGCUGGCCCGGCUCUACAGUGAGCGGAUUCAGCAGAUGCAGCGGGCCGAGACCCGGGCUUCGGCCAAUGCACCUCGCCGCCGACCUCGUGCCCUGGCACAGCCCCAGCUCAUGCCCUGCCUGACACCAGAGCAGGCUGAGCCAGGACCCCUGCCUGCCUUUGGACACGUGCUGGUAUGUGAGCUGGCCUUCCCGCUGGCCUGCACACAGGCGUCCGUGCACCUGGGCCCUGCUGUCCGCCUGCAAGCUGCUGUACCUUUAUCUAAUCUGAGAGGCUGCCAGGGGAACCCACGGCCGAGAGUUCCAAGUCAACCUGAGCAAGACGGAGGUUGCCCGCAGGCUCCAGCUGCUCUCCCCGGGCCCGAGCAAAGACAUCCGUGCAGUGCUGGCAUUCCCACCGCCACGCCCUGGCCUGUGCAGGAGGGACCCCUGGAUGUCCAGGGUCCAGCUCUGACAGCUGUCCCCGAGCAAGGAGACCACAUGGAAAUCAAGGGUCCUGCACCUGCCUCUCCACCUGCCUCUCCACCUGAGCACAGAGACCGAGGGGAGGAGCAGGCAUCCAGUGCCGUCCUCGCCGAACGAGAGUGGCCUGCAGACUUCCGGGCCCCAGCAGCUGCGGCUGUGCCCACGGUUGAAAGUGCUGAUGUCCCGGUUUUGUCCCCAACUCCUGGGCCCCGUCAUGAAGGGACCCCGGACAGCCAGAGCCCAACCCACCUGUCGCUAGUCAUGCAGCCUGUAGGAUCUGGGGACUGCAAGCUUCUGGCCACUGUGCGUGGCCGCCCCAGCAGCCCUUUAUAUGAGACUGGACAUAGCCAGGACCAGCAGAUGGCAGCCAGUAGCCCACUGGUAGGGCAUGACCUCCCGGACACCCCAGUUUCGGCUGUUUGUCCUUUGCUGGCACAUGGAGACCCCCUAGACUGUGUGACCCCAGCCAGUACCCCACUGCCUUUGCCCCAGGACCUCCCGGACAUUCCACUUCUAGCUGCCAUGCCUGUGCCCCCACCACCAGGCCUCAUGGACAUUAGGGUCCCAGCAUCCCCACCUCUGCCCAAGGAGAGGCAUCUCCCAGAGGGCCAGGGUCCAGCUGCUGACCUCCCUCAGGAGCAAGGCCCCUCAGAGCUCCACAUCCCUAAGCUAGCCUCUUUGUCGGAACAGGGUGGCCUCACGAAUGCCCCUGGGCCAGUGACCACCAUGCCUCUACCUGGGCAAGGCGGCUCCCGGGACACUCAGAGCCUGGCCUCUAGCCCAGCAGCCCCCUCCAUGGCCUUGUCCAGACCUGGGAGUCACUUGUCUUCUCCUGUUGCCAGGUCAGAGUCUUCAGAUUUGACCCCCCCUCACAGCCCCCCGCUGCCCACCCGUCAGCUUCUGGGUCCCAGUGCAGCCGCGCUCUCGAGAUACCUGGCAGCUUCCUACAUCAGCCAGAGCCUGGCACGGCGGCAGAGCCCUGGGGGAGACGCUCCUCCAGCCCCCCGGGGCCCCUGGUCCUCAGCCCCCACUUCACGGGCACCUUCGCCUCCCCCACAGCCUCAGCCCCCGCCACCUCCUGCCCGGCGUCUCAGCUAUGCCACCACAGUCAGCAUCCACGUGGGGGGCGGGGGGCGGCUUCGACCAGCCAAGGCCCAGGUCAGACUGAACCAUCCUGCCCUCUUGGCUCCCACCCAGGACUCUGUGGGCCUUCGUCGGGCCCAGGGGCCUCCCGAUGCCCCGUUUCCCACGUGAGCCAGGAUGCCAGGUCUUUUGGAGAGCAAAGACUUAAGCCAGAUGCCACCAACUCUCAGAACAUCACCCCCCCCCAAAAAAAAAACCGAGCCCCAUCCUGAAAACAGCAGUAGCUGUCCAGUGCCCAGGCUCAGCUUGGUGAAUGGCCCCUUUUGCGUACCCUGAUAGCCAGCAGAAUGGGGAAGGGGAUGUCAUUAAUAUUUUGUUAAUGAAUCUCAAGGAUUUAGA